GGCCUGCACGGCAAACAAGAACUGCGCUUUCGAUCCGGCGAGGAAGCUGUGUCACUCGAAAUACGAGGCGGCGCGAACCAAGUGUGCCGCUGCGUUUGACUUGCCACUUACAUCAGUACCUCGUCCCGCCGAGGAAAGUGACAAAGCGACAGCAGAGACCGCGGGUGAGACGGAUCCUGCAACCCAAAAUCCUAAAACUGGAACUGACGGUGCGGCAGUUGUCCAGCACGAGGACGACCACGCUGCCGCCAAUCAGGAGGAUGAGUCCGGCCUAGCACGGUGCGAGCGGGCGGGCACCAGUUGUACCUUCGUUCCCGAUGUGGGAAACACGGACGGCGACGGCAAGGCCAGCAUGCAGCUUUUGCUGAAAACCGCACAGGAGUGCGACGCACAGCGGCAGAAAAUCAACGCGCUGCUGCUGCCAAACGCGCCCGUCGCGAACCUGGACGAGCUGGACUUGCAAACGAAAACCACCUCCAGCCUGGCCGGCUCUUGCAUCCGAGAAAACAUGUUUGCGCACAAAGCCUACGUGAAUCCGGUGGUCGGCCAGCACGUUCUGCCGUUCUACCCGAACCUGUCCGGGUGGGUGCCGGCGGAGGAGGACGGAGAGGAAAAUAAGGCGGGCGCUGGAAGUCGUGCCGGCGGCGGGGAUAAAACUGAACUACAGCAGCUCCCUUCGGGAAGUGGGGAUGUCGAGAACAGCUCCAACGCUAGCCAACAGCAGACUGGCGAUGAGCUACAUUUUGAAGAGGACGACAUAGAUGCGACCCCCAACACCUCGCCCACGGAUCCCUUGGGCCUAGACACGACAACGCUUGAGAAAUCCGAGGAAACGAAGCAUCCCGAGCAGACCUCCCACACGACCGAGCCGCAAAUUAUCCACCAAGAGAUAAACCACCCAAAACUUGGCACGUGCCACACCACCACCGCGCGCGUGCACGCGGACGGGACGGAGGUUCUGCGGCACUUGCGGAGAAAUUUUCGCGAGUUUGACGGGGGCUACACGGACCUUGCCUACAACCAGGCCUGGCGGCGGCGGAACAGCAUGAUAUAUGCAUUGCAAAAGUAACGUACUAGUAUAAAUUGCAUUACAAAUUUUCGCAAGAAGAAAAGUGGAAUUUGUAAUGCUGAUUUACCUUUGGAGGAAGAUUUGUCAUGCGUCUUUGCUCUCUAAGUCAGCUCGGGAGUCGCGUCUGAAUGUUCUACAAGUUUGAGAAAUGCACCUCGUUGGCCGUUUGAAAAGCACAUCACUGCAAGACUUUGCCGGCUGCUGAAAAGUACAGCAGUCCAGUGCAGUAGAGUUCUAAAUCUGAAACAGAAACAGGAGAGAAAAAAAAAAAAAAAAAUAAUAAUAAAAAGAGAAGCCGGCGAGAAGAUUCGCGCGACUUGGUGCGUUCGUCCCAAAGCCUCGCCAUCGCUCUCAGAGCCUUCAAAACCUGUCCAGCUAGUGGAUCCAUUAAGCGGCCGACGAAAUUGAUACAACUAAGAUCAGCACAGGAGCACUCAGGCAGAUCACGAGGCAGGGCGGGGAAUCAAAAGAAAAAUCACAAGAAAAAUCACAAGAAAAAAGAAAAUCAAAAGAAAAAUCAAAAGAAAAAUCACAAGAAAAUCAAAAGAAAAAUCAAAAGAAAAGUCAAAAAGUAAAGAAAUCGACGGCGUGAAUUUCGGUGCUUGGACUCCAAACCUCGAGUUAGGUGCCAGGCCCCCGGCCCUUCGGCUUCGCGGCUGAGGGGCUGGGUUUCGUUGUGAUUGAAGUUCCUGCCGGUGCGCAGCAAUGUGAAUCCGAUUUGCUUGCUGCUGCUAUGUAUGCUUUGUAUGUUUCCUGCCGCCUUGUAGUCGUUAUUCAGCACUUUGUCUUUGCCGCUCUUCGUUCGUUUUGUCCAAGGAGCUAGAUCGCAAAUUCGUGCGCUCCUUCGCCUUUGAAAAAUUAGAUCUUCCCUGUGCCCGGUGUUGUCCCACGUAUAUGUAGGUCUCUACCCUUUUACAGUCUUGUGGCCUUCGCACUUAGUCUUGCUUGAUCCACGUCUUGUAGCGCUAGGCGUUCCGCGGACCCCGCAUCCUCGCAGGGGCUUCUCUUUUUUUUUCCGCCUAGCCAGCGGAUUGUUGCUUGGGGGGUGCUAUUAGCUUUGCAAAAACAAGUACGCUAGUUUUUUACAACCGUCUUAACAGCCGCAGGCUUGCAUCUGCGGCUAUCGCCACUCUGCAAACGCCCGGUGUAAUUUUCAAAAAACAAGAUCUGCCUCGCUGCUACCGGGGUUAGGACGUGCCUCAUUCAGGGCGGGCGGUAGCUAAAUGCGGACCUGUGUGGGCUUAAGUUUUCUGAAGCGUGCACACAGUCAGUAGCGUAACGCACUAGCUUAAUCAUUUUUGACCGUUUUACGAACUUCGUGAAAAGACCGGGGNUGUUUAUGCUAGCAAAGGGCUAGUGCGCUGUGGACCCCCAGGAUCAGGUAGACGAGGUCCCAGACCGAAGUGGUAGGCGCUUAGGGUGAACUAUGUAUGUAGCGCUUAGGGCCCUUCCGUACGGCCAAUUUGUAUGCCCGCAACGGGGUUCGCCUAAGUCGGUCAUUUAUAUGCAAGGCGUUGGGUUACCCGGUCGGCAGAGCCGAUCCACAACGAACGAACGAACGUCUUUGCAAUCAAUACGAGUGCGAUACUUUUGCACAGGAUAGAAUCCCCGUGUUGGCGAAGGAUUACCACGUGCUGGAGGUUUUCAAGGGAGUUCUCGACGGGCUCGACGAACUGCACAAAACCAAGUGGACGAAGAACGAAUUGGCGCAUUUUUUCGGCGGGAAGAAGUUUGUUCCCAAGAAUAAACCCAUGAUCGGGAUGCAGCACCGAGACUUAAGGCCGCGCAACCUCGUCUGGAAGGACAGCAAGCCGAAGUUUUUUGCCGCCGACGGGAGCGCCGAGGCGGCCGCGCCCUUGGUCGGUGGGAAGAGCGGGCUGCAAAGCGUGAAGCUGUUCGGCUUCGAAAACUCAAAGUUGCUCGGCACACGGGUCGAUUUCGUGCGCGACGCCUACGCGAACUUCGUUGCGCCGCCGAAGAGUCGCGAGGAAGAGGGGAAAAAACGGAGCGGCGGAAUGGGUGGAGGCAUUGCUGGUGGAACAAAGGAAACUGGCGAAGAUUCCUCCUUCUUCACAGAAACGGGACGGCAGAGCAGUCGAGCAACAAGGCCGGAGAAAGAAAAAGACAUGGCGUCGAAGCUUCUUCCCGCUGCAGUAACAGCUUUUGACGAGGAGAAACCCGCUGCAACCAUCGUGGACACAGCAGGAGCUGCGGAUAAAGUUGCUGUAGCCGCGGAACAAGGCGCACAAACAGCAGGAGGUACAGGAGCAGCGACAAGUUCAACGAAUCGAACUGGAGAAGGUGAAGAAGAAGCCGACGGUGCUGCAACGGACGAACAGAACACGAGAAUAGCUGCAACUGAUACAACUAAAACCGCGGAUGAAGAUCCUGCUGCUGCUGCUGCUCCUCCUCCAAAAGUAUUGGCACCAAAACUGCUCCACGCGGUGCAUUUGGAAGGCUCCGACCACGAGGCUCCGGUCGGGCCUGGUGUGCUCUUCCCCGCCGGCCCGGAAACCUACCACGACGGGGUCAGCAGCGCGCAGGAAGACUACCACAUGCUGGGACACACGAUGAUGCGCUACGCCUGUCUGUUCACAGACACAGACUACAAAUUUUCGAACAGCCUUACCUUCGGCAACGCCGUGCGUUUGGCGUCCGGUUUACCGGAUCCAGCUGUGGAAAGGAAAAACCCCGGGGCGGCAAAAAGGUUGCAAGACUAUGUGGGAAGUUUCUUUGUCGAGAAGGGUCGAGAGCGGGUAACGUCGCCUGCGUUUGGUGCUACAGGUGGUAGAGCCAGUGCGAGUAAGCGGACCGAGUUUUUGCCGGCUGCGGGAAAGAACAGCAACGCUGGUAAAAACGUCAAGAGUUCGCCUAAUAGCGGAAGCGGUAAGAUGAAAUCACCGAGCAGCUCCUCUUCAUCGAUGCUGUCGAAGAAGGCAAAGACAGAAAGCGGGAACAAGGAAAAGAACAACAAAAAAAGCAGCAGCAGUGGUACUUCACAUGCAGUCGAGCAUGCACAUGGACACAAGAACAAACCUCAAGCGGAUCGGAAGUACCCCCACCGUCGGCCUUCAAAGUUUUCCAUUCCUGGCACCUCUCACCAUCGCCAUGUGGGCACGAAUCGAUUUUUGACAAACAAAACUGGUUUGCGCAAGAAGAGGCGGAUAGGACAAAUUCUGGGGCAACCGUUUAUUUCCGCCAGCAAGCCGGGGAUAGCUGCAGAUGAACACAGAGCUCGUACUACGAAGCAUGCAAACCCGCACCACGCGAAGAAGAAGAAGCCUGCUUCUCACAAGUCGUCCGCACUGGAAUGGCCUACUGCUACUGGGAGAACGAAAAAUGGGGUACAGAAAGCUACAAAGUCGGAUUUUUCCAGCACUGCUGGUUCCUUUCUGGAGGUCCUAUCACAAGAACCCACGAGCAGUAGAGCAGCAAGUGGAGGCUCCACUACGUCAUUCGCUCUAGGGAGUUACGCAGGGGCUCUUGGUUCUGCAACAUCCCAGCUGCCAUCCGUUACGGGUUCGAUCCCUACACUACCGAGCGGCCUGCCGACUUCGUUACCCGGCGGAAUACCACAGAUGCCGGGGAUGCCCGGAGUGCCGGGGAUGCCCGGAAUGCCGGCGAUGCCGCAGUUACCGAGCGGAAUGCCGCAGUUGCCGACUGGAAUGCAACAGCUCCCAGGAGUCCCCGGCGCCGGCGCCGCGCCGGCGGAUUUCACAAACUGGCUCGCCUCCGGUUUGGGCGUGAACGCCGACCCAGGUGCGUUUUUUUCGGAGUUGAAAGGGUACAUGCCAGGAAAACCGAACGUUUCGCUCUCAAACAAAUUCAAACGGAAACCGCCCGCACCCCCGGGCGACGAGACGCACCACUGGGACCCCUUGUUUCCGAAACAGGAGCAGCCGGACGUUGUUCCCUCCAAUACGAUGCAGCACCAGCGGCUCCCGGAGAUCGGGGGGCAUGCGGAC